AUAUUUUAUUGUCUGUGAUCAAUCAUGGCGGAAUUGUGUCACAAUGUGUGUUGAUGUGUAUCGCUGCUAUAUGAUGUGAACGCUACAGAAAUAAUUUAACUAAAUCAUUAAAUUGUGUUACUAUUUGUAUUUCUAAUUAUUUAUAGCUCUGUGCCACGGAAUAUCUUCUAGAACUCGGGAUUUCAAGCAGUGAUAUUAGCAGUGAAUGAAAUAGGUAAUCAUGGCGGACCCGCUGAGUUUACUUCGACAGUACAACGUAAACAAGAAAGAAAUAAUAGAACGCGACAAUCAAAUAAUAUUUGGUGAAUUCUCUUGGCCCAAGAAUGUCAAGACUAAUUACCUUAUGUGGGGUUCUGGAAAAGAAGGCAACGACAAGGAAUAUUAUACAUUGGAAUGUCUCCUGUUCAUCCUCAAGAAUAUUCCAUUGACGCAUCCAGUUUAUGUCAGGCAGGCAGCUGCUGCGAACAUUCCUGCUGUACGUCGCCCAGAUCGUAAAGAAUUAUUGGCAUAUUUGAAUGGUGAAACCGCAACCUGUGCAUCUAUUGAUAAAAGUGCCCCACUAGAAAUUCCAACACAGGUCAAACGAACUCAUGAUCACGAUGGAGGUGAAUCAGCUGCAAAGAAACCUCGUAUUGAGGAAACUCAUGUCCAGAAAGUGCGAGAACAACUGGCUGCCAGAUUGGAUGCACCAAAAGAAGCUUCGGUGACGGUGGAUAACAUCAAGUCCCUAUCGGAGGCUAUGUCAGUGGAGAAAAUCGCAGCCAUCAAAGCCAAACGUCUAGCUAAGAAAAGAACCACUAUCAAAAGCAAUGACUACUCGGACACACUUGGUGUUGUUGGAUCAGACUUCAGAGCUAUCCUAGACUAUGAUGUAGAUCUCACUAAGGAUAUUAUCAGCCGAGAAAGGCAGUGGCGUACUAGAACAACAGUAUUACAAAGUAAUGGAAAGAUGUUUGCCAAGAGUAUCCUAGCUCUGUUGGGCAGUAUUCGAGCGCGAGAGGAGGGUCGGCCAGGCGCGCCGAGACCACAACCCGUAGUAAUGCCACCACCCACUUCGUUACCACAGCAGCAGACACAGUACAACAGAUAUGAUCAGGAAAGGUUUAUUAGGCAAAAAGAAGAAACGGAGGGCUUCAAAAUCGAUACUAUGGGAACAUAUCAUGGUAUGACAUUGAAGUCGGUGACAGAGGGACCAAGCGCACCAGCAGCUGCUCGUGCACCUCAGACACCAAGUCAUCCUCGGCAGAUGUCACAAAAUGGAGCAAUGGGUGGCAGUACGCCGGGGCGGCGCGAGUUGUUGCCGGUAACGGCGGCGCGGCCCCCGGCGGGAUCGGGCGGCAAGCGACCAUCGCGCACUCCUAUUAUUAUCAUCCCUGCCGCUACAACUUCCCUCAUAUCUAUGUAUAAUGUUAAGGAUACACUGCAAGAUCUUAAAUUCGUCACAGUAGAACAGAAAAAGGCAGAAGGUGCAGCACGGGAAAAUGAAGUCCUAUUGCAGAGAAGGAAAGGGCCAACUGGAGAUUUACCUAACAAUGCGACUACAAUGACGGUACCUUAUCGUGUGGUAGAUAACCCUAGCAGACUGUCGGCAGCGGAAUGGGACCGAGUGGUUGCCGUAUUCGUUCAGGGACCAGCCUGGCAAUUCAAAGGAUGGCCAUGGGAUGGCAACCCCGUCCAGAUAUUCGCUAACAUUUGCGCGUUCCAUUUGAAGUAUGACGAGAUGAAGUUGGACGCCAACGUGGCUCGCUGGGCAGUCACCGUGCUCAACCUCAGCCGCACCAAGCGGCAUCUUGACCGCGCCGUCCUACUUGGCUUUUGGGAGACACUUGACAAGCACAUGAUGAAGAAUAAACCACACCUUAGGUUUUAAGUCCGUUGUAGCUAUAUAGUUUUAUCUAAUAGUAUAUAAUGCCAUGUGAAUAUCAGAAUGCCUUUAAAGCAAAGCGAAUCUAAGUCAAUUCAUACCAUUUAAGAAAUAUUUUGGCCAAUUUGCAUAGUGAACUGAUAUAAUUAUCACUGUAGGGUAUGUACCAGUUGUUAUCAUUAUUAUACAUAUGACAAUUUACUACACAUAUUUAUAAGUUUUAUAUGUAAUAAUAUGCCUUUUGACAGUGGUUAUAACACCAUGUAGGUAAUAUUGUAACUUUUACAGUUUGACCACAAUGUUAUGUGCAAUAUAUACUGGGAUAUGUGGAGUUUAACGUGUAUCAUGUAUGCAUUCUAUGGUCCAAUUUAUUGGAUUAGAAAUAUAUUUAUGUGAGAGUGGAUUUGACGUUAUGAAGUAAAUAAAAAUAUAUUUACUAAAAUAGUAGCAUUUUUGACUGCCAUCCCUUUUUAUGUUGGCUUUUUAGUAUAAUGAACUUAAUAUAGACAAUAAUAUAGAGUAGGUUUGCUCUUUGCAUGUGAAUUGUUUUAACUGUAAGCGAAUUACUUUUGUUUUGCUUUUCCAUUUAUCUCCUGCCUGCCCACCUGCUCUUAAUUGCUGUAUUAUCGCCAAAAUAUUUCGAAUGGUAUAGAACUGUUCAGAGAUCUGUGAUCUUUGUUUAUUGACAACAAUAAAUUGUUGAACAUA